AUGUCCGACAAGAAGAUCAAGGAGUUCCCCGACCUAUCCAAGAAGCUCGCCGCACCCACCAAGAAGUCCCUCUUCGAGCGGCAAAAGGCCGAAGCUGAAGCUAAACGCCAACGCGAAGAAGCAGAAACCGCGGCCGCGUAUCAGGAUUUUGCAAAGUCCUUCGACAUUGACAACGAUACACCUUCGAGCUCACGGCCUGGCUCAAGGCCCGAUGACUUUGGUGGUCCCGGGCCAGGCAAAGGAAGCUUUGGAGGAGCAGGGAAACGGCACUUUGGCGUGCCAACGGGCCCACGAGGGAGUAGCGGGCCAGGAAGCUUAGGGCCGCCGCCUUCGUUGUCGCGCAAGAGGGCGUUCGAUGGAUCACAUCCCCAGCAAAGAGACAGGGAGCAGGGGCGGCUGGCGUUUGGGGAUGCGCCUGGGCCACUAGAUGCUGCCACGGCAUUCCAGAUAUCAGAUGAUGAGGACGAGAAGGCCGCUGGCAGUAAGGCGGCCGAGCGUGCGGCACCAAAACCAACACUACACCUGUCUUCGCUACCUCCCGGGACGUCGCAAGCGGUUAUCAAGAGUCUAAUACCGCCCACCCUCACGGUUGAUGGAGUUCGUUCCCUCCCACCGUCCGGCCCCGGCUCGACUGAGCGCAGAUCCAUGUCAGCGAUUGUUACACUUGCUAAAGAGACACCAGCUAGUGACAUCGACACAGCAGUGAAUGCGCUUCAGAAUCGAUACCUAGGGCUAGGACACUAUCUAUCUAUAUCAAGGCAUCUCUCCUCAGCAGCUCUGGGCGCGACAGGCGCAGGCGUGGGUGGCCUAGGUUCAGCCUCAACAUCACAGCCAUUCAACGCAAAAUCCGUAUACGCCGGUCCUGGUGCCUCCCUGAGCCGUGCACCACCUCCAGGGCAGCGAGGCGGUUUUGCACCGCCGUCAUCGUAUAAUAAUACUGGUCCUGAUCAGUUCGGAAGAGGGAUGGGUUCAAUCCAGGUCUCAGUCAACCCUCCUUCAGACCUCAAGCAGCUAAAGCUCAUCCACAAGGCUCUCGAAGCGCUCAUCACGCACGGUCCCGAAUUCGAAGCGCUACUAAUGAGUAGGCCCGAAGUCCAGCGCGACGAAAAAUGGGCCUGGCUAUGGGACUCCCGAAGCGCAGGCGGCAUCUGGUACCGCUGGCGCUUGUGGGAAAUUUCUACCGGCUCCGACAUCCAGCGCCUACGCAACCGGCUCAGCAAAGGGCCCCAGCGAGUCUUCGACAGCGGCGCCCCAUGGCUCGGUCCCGAACGCUCCCUCCCCUUCGAAUUCACGACUCGCUUCGACGACUUUGUCUCGGACCCUGAGUACGACUCCUCCGGGAAUGACGAGUCCGGCGACGAGGCGCAUCAGCGUCGCCUCUACGCUAGCGGCGCACCACCAGACAGCGGGGCAGAGCCUCAGGAGAAGGCAUAUCUCAACCCGCUCCAGAAAGCGAAACUGACGCAUCUACUCGCGCGCUUACCGACUACAACGGCCAAGCUCCGCAAAGGCGACGUCGCACGCGUGACGGCGUUCGCGAUCAGACACGCGGGCGCAGGCGCGGACGAGAUCGUCGACAUGAUUGUUUCGAAUGUCGAGAGGCCCUUUGCAUGGAGCGCCGCGAACCCGGACCGCAAGCGAGGCACCGAAGACGACGCCGAGGCGAGCCAUUCAGGUGUAGGUGCAACAGAAGAAGACAAGAAAGCCGAGAAGGAAAAGGAAAAAGACGACCCCUCCAGCUCAAAGCUAAUAGCCCUCUACCUGAUCUCCGACAUCUUCUCCUCAUCCGCAACCUCCGGCGUGCGCGGCGCAUGGCGGUACCGACAGCUCUUUGAGGCGGCGCUAAAGUCCCGCCGCGUCUUCGAGCACUUGGGGCGCCUCGAGAAGGAUGUCGGGUGGGGCCGGAUGCGCGCUGAAAAGUUCAAGCGCAGUGUUACUAGCCUGCUUGGUCUCUGGGAGGGCUGGUCGGCGUUUCCGCAGGCGGCGCAGGAGCAUUUUGUUAGUGCGUUUAAUAACCCGCCGCUGACGGAGAAGGAGAGGGCAGCGCUGGAGAAGGAGGAGAAGGCGGCUGCGGAGGCGAAGGCGGCAAGCGCGGCGAAGUCAAGGUGGAAGACUGUGGACGUUGGUGCCAAGGCUGGCGAGGCGGUGGCUGUGGGCGGGAAAGACAAGGAGGAGAAGGCGGAGAAAGAUGUGAGCGAUGAACCGAUGCAGGAAGAGGGUAUCGAGAGUGACCCUAUGGAAGAGGAUUUGGAUGGCAAACCAACGGAGGAAAUUGCUGGCGAGCCCAUGGAUGAAGAUACGGAUGACGUCCCGCUGGCAGAAACGGACACGACGCAGGAGCCUCACGCGCUUUCGGCGGCAGCAGUCCAGGUGGCGGUCCCGGGCGAGACCAUGGCAGCAACAGCGCGGAGGCAGCGACCGAAGGCUGUAGACAUGUUCGCAGACUCGGAUGAAGAGUAG